AUGGGCAUUACGGAUAGGGAGCCGAGAAGAGCACGAAUUACGGAGUUGAGCGUCCAUUCCAUUUCGAGCAAUUUCCUAAUUGAUCUCACACCCACAAUCCUUGUCAGGACCUGUCCGGUGAUCAACAAAACCAACCGUCUAGGAAACGCAGACGCAGCAGUACCGAUCAUGCGCUCAUCACGCAGCCACAAGAAAGUAAAAAUAAUUGAAGAUGAUGGAAAGCUACCAUCAAGAUCUAUCGCGAGCUUCACAGUUGCCAACAUACGAGACUCCGAAAACGCGACAGACGAUUCAGCGACAACCAAUUCAGCGACAACUAGUCCAGCGACAAACGCUUCAACGACAAAGGCUUCAACGACAAAUGAUUCAGCGACAAACAAUUCAGCAACAAAUAAUUCAGCAACAAAUAAUUCAGCAACAAAUAAUUCAGCAACAAAUAAUUCAGCAACAAACGAUUCAGCGACACAUGAUUCAGCAACAAAUGAUUCAGCAACACAGCGAGCUCAAACUGAAGCUCUACACGAUGAGAGCCAAGAACCCCAAGCUAUUGAUUGCGACGCUAUCAUACAUGCCUACUGUGUUUCCAUAGAAGGUGGUACAGACCGAUCACGUUCCCUCGACGAACAACACCGGGAGAGCUUCUCCAAUUACUGCAAAAGCCUUGAUAAAGAGUAUAUCCCAGAACUUGUCAAGACCGUGCAAGCAACCCUUUAUCUUCACAAGAUAGUUACGCCAACAUGCACAACAUGUGGGUCAGACGAAUGCGAACCACUCUGUCGAGCGACACCACUCUAUCAGAUCAAGGAGUGGACAGAUACCAUAAAGUCAACCUGUAAACACUGCUUCGUAUCCUUCAAGGGUAUCAAUGCAGACCAGUUGUUAGCAAGCCAUCGUAUAAUUCACCUUCGAGGUAGAGUUUGGUAGAGAUAGUUGUUAAAGAACAACAUGCUCUUUUCUCUUCUACAUAACUGUUUAAUCAACACAUCAUCCAA